AUAAUGUCAGAUUUGGACAGGAUAUUUAUUAUAAGCCAUAAUAAUUGAUGUAUCGCGUCAUGGAAUGAGAAAAUAUACGCUUGCGAGAAUUAUACUGGUCUAUCACGUGGUAGCGGGAACAUCUCAGCCACGUUCAAAAAGUUUUUCGUGUUACAGAGGGUAAAACGGGGAUACAUUAUUUCAUCUCAUAUUUCUGAUUUUCAGGCUUCAAAUUAUUCAGAGCUUCCAAAAAUGAAUGAUUCUCAGUAAAUGAUUCAAAACAAUUAUAUGUUAGUGUUGGAGGAUCAAUUUCCCGGCGUUUACACGACGCUUCCAAAUUUUCCGUGACCACACUAGAAAUUCACAUAAAACUGCACCUUGCAAGUUGCAAUUAAACUAAAUUGUUGAGGAUACGUGGAGCUCUUCACUUAAUGUAAGACCGAAAACUUGUAUUAGCUCAGAUAUUAUAGUUGUAUCUACACAAACUUUUUGAUGGAGUCUUUAGUGUGCAUGUAGAUACCGAAGUAGAAUCGUUAGUGGGCCAUUAACAGCAAGAUGCCGUACAGCCGCCGUCACGAAUUAGUUUAACGUUUAGUGAUAUCUGUUAAGAGACAACAAAAUGCUUAAUACUCCGUGGUCGUAUAUAAUUCAACUCGCUUUUCUCAUAGGACUCAUUGCUAAUUUAGCCGCCCUUUACAUUUUACACAAAACAGCAAAAAGAAGAAACAAAAAACAUCUUUUUAUGCUCAGAUGUCUCGCUACCAACGAUCUCAUGGCUCAGAUCGGAAUGAUUAUUUUGACCAACAAAUUUUUUUAUGAAAAUGUACAUCCGUCUAUAUAUUGCCCUAGUUUUGUAGUUGUAAGAGCAUUUGGACUCGGUUCGGGGUGUGUAGCUUUUGUUAUGGCACUUGAGAGAUGGUUGGCACUCACGCGACCCUUCCUGUAUCAUCAAUUGGUCACACAUCAAGUACUGAAGAAAUUUCUAUUCGGUUUAUGGAUAACUGCAGUGACUCUAACUUACUUGCCUCUAUUUGGAUUCGGUAUUUACUACAAUUCCGAAAAUAAAACAUGCGCAAGAUUUAGAUAUGCUACUGAACCAAAGGAUAAGGCUUACGCCUAUUUAUUUUUUGCAUUUGGAGCUACUUUGUGUUUUUGCAUAGCCUUUUGCAACACCUCGGUAAUUUGCGAAUUAUCAAGAAUUAGAUCCCAACAACGAAUUCUAGUCAGAAGAAUAAGUAGAUCUAUAAUAAGUAGCCGUGUUGGAGCUGCUCGAUAUCAAACUCCAGAAGAAGUAGCGUUUGCUAAAUUGAUGGCCUUUGUUUGCAUCAUUUAUGUUGUCUGCUGGGCUCCACAAGUGAUGACAGUACCGAUCGCGCAGUACUUUAAACUCACCAACCACGAGGACCAUAAAUUUAAAAAAUUCUUUAUAAUAGCUGACGCUGGAUUGACGGUAUAUCUACUGUUAGAUCCUUUCAUUUACGUGCUUCAAGGAUACUUUGAAGGACGAUUGCACGCAGAUUGUUGUUGCAGUAAAAAAUCUGACAGUAAUCUUUCUAUACCUUCUAUUAUGAAAACGCAAAAUUCUGAUAUGUCCGUUUCUAUACCCUUUGAUGUAAAAGAACCUGCAAAGCCUGAUGAUGAAUUUGUACAUUUAGAAACAAUGAAGAUUACUUAAAUUUUAUAUCUCUUAAAAUAUGGUGUACUGGGGACAAAUGUAUUGGAAUAAAUGUUUAGAAAAUGGUUUUGAAUAUAAACUUUCUUUUUAUUACUAUCACAAUCGUAAUAUGUCGAGAAUUCUCAAUUUUUCCAUUUUAAAUGAAUAAUAAUAUUGUGAAAAUUUUUUUUUUAAUUUUUAUUAAUUAUUUGGAUAAAGAAACUUAAAUAAUGUAUUUUUUGUUAGGUCAAAAAAAUGAAAUACACUUUCAAAAUAAAUUCAUUUCCGACAGAAAUUUUUAGGAAUUACAUAACAAUUUUUUUCCUUAAAUGUGAUAAAUAUUUUGCGUAUUCAAUCUGAUUGUGACAGAAAUAAUUAUUUUUAUAUAAAAUAAAAUGUAUAGAAAAAGUCUGAACAAGUUAGCAGCACAUGAAUUUUUUUUAUUAUUAAUGCUAUGGAAAAAAUAUUGUUCGCAAUUAUAAUUUAUCAUUUAUAAUAAUAACUUUUCCAUCUAAUAAUUGUCAACUUUUUCAGACAUAUUGUAUAUUUAUAACACAUUUUGGAAUAAAUAAAAAUAUUUUAGUGAUUAGGACUAAUUAUCCCAGUGUUUAAUAAUGGCAUAUACUUAAUCAUUUUUAGAUAAGAUGUACUUAUAUAUUUAACGUAUUUUUCCAAAUAAAUUGAAAUAAAAUAUACGGGGAUACUAAUUAUGAAUAACCCAUUCCUUAUUAUUGUUAUUAUUGCCUACAGAACAAAAAGUCUCUUAAACGUUCAAUACAAAGCAAAUGUAGGAAAUAAAAGUAAAUCAUUGUAUUUAUUAUGGGACGCCCUGUAUGUUAUAUAUAGCAUAUUCACGAAAUAUAUAACCUCAUAACUUAUUAAUCAUCAUAACAGUGAUAAGGGGUUGGUAAUUUAUAAUGAACAAUAUAUAUAUAUAUAUAUACAGGGUAUUUCUAAAAUCAUGAAGGUGAUUACCCGUAUCAAAUAUUAUGCAAAUGUUUCUGUAAACAACUCGCCCUCUUCGAAGAUAUCAUUCCUACAAGGCGAAAUUGAGUUUUUUUCCAAAUUUAAGAGAAAUAAAAAAUUAUUAAUUAUUAUUAUUAUUAAUUAGUAAGCUUUGUGUGGAUUGAAAAUUUUUUGUCACGUAAAUGAGACCCCAUCGAUAAAACAGAUACGUUAAAAAAAAUUAGGACUGAGGGCUUUAGAUUCAAGUAACGUUUCACAAAAAUCCAGUCUAAUCAGUAUGGGAUCUUCUUCUUCAACACUAAUUGUUACGAACCCUGUAACUAGCGCCCUCUAUGAGAGUCAGACAUUAAAACAAAUUCAUUGGAUGUAUCAGUCUCCAAAACAUCAAUAAAGUGUUGCCUGUAGUUGCGGCAAUUUUUUUUCUUCAACGCCUUUCAUCUUGAAUACGGAUGGCGAUACGAAAAUUUUCUACCGAACAAACCCCAAAUAUUUUUUCAGUUUUCUAUCUAUCCUAGAGAUGGAAUCACCUUUUUGGAAACACCCUGUAUUUAUAGAAACCCUGUAUAUAGAUAAAUAUUUUAUGUUUGCUAAUUUUAGUUAAAAGCAAGGAAUAAAAUAUUAACAUUCUACUUUUCGGCCUCUCUACGAUGCAUCUAAUUUUUUUUAUGAACCAUUAAGUACAUUCCAAAACUUCCGAAAUAUAAUUAGAAUAGUUUUUUGACUUAUUCUAUGUGAUUUGGUGAGAAAUACUAAGAAUUUAAGUAGAUAACAAUAAAUAAAAGCAAACCGAAUUAAAUUAUACUAGGUGUUAUAAUUGUUUCCCUCAAUUUCAUUAUGAAUAUUAGUUUAUCGCGAAAUAUUUUUAAUAGAGUUCAAAUCAAUCCAGAGUUACGUACAAUGUUAUAUAAGGUUGAACAUACAUUGAAGGAGAAAUUUAAAUAAGGAUGACGUUGUGGAAUUGCAGUUUAUUUCGACAAAGAUUUUAUAGAAGAAUGGGUAGACUUGAAAUGAUUAUAAUUUUCAUAUCAUUUACUAGCACUACUUUCAUUAAAACACUUUUCUAUUCUUUAUUCUCUAUAACUAACCUCUUCUCUGUUUCCUCUUCCAGGUUUCUGUACCAGUGGCACAAAUAUUAGAAACUACGAAAAAUUCGAAACCAACAGCAUUUGAAAAAUUUGCUGAUGCUUUGCUAUGCAUAUAUUUUUUAACAGAUCCUUUUGUAUACGUUUUACAAAACUACAUAGAAGGUCGAAUGAGAUGCUGUCAGAAAGGUCGGAAUAGAUUAUUAAACACUUCAAAUACUGCUACACUUCCUCCUAAUACUCUUACAAAUAUUUUAUUAACACCACCUAUGUUGUCGCCUCCGAAACUAACAGUACACCCGGAUUUAUAACUACGUUUUAUCUGAGACAUUAUCAUCUCUUUAAAAUACUUUUAUUUAUAUGUACUUUUGGGGAACUAUCAAAUCAAAAAAAAAUUUUCAUAGAACAAGUCUAUUUUAAUAAUUAGUUUACCCAAUGUAAUGUAUUGUAUAAAUCGUAAUAUUUCGAAGCGAGGAAUGGAAAAUACUUCAAUAUUAAUAAUCAUUCUAUACAUCUAAAUUCAAAUCUUUUACUUUUUCAAAACAGACUGAAGUACUUUUUGUGAUAACCUUAUGCAUUUUAUUUAUCUAAAUAAAUCUAUCGCAAAAA